AUGGCGGGUCGAUCAAAGUCCCGCCGGAUGAUCCCGUGGCUAUAUGACUUGGUCCUGUGGCUGUUCACCUGCGCCCUGGACCUUUUCUUCCGCGAGAUCUAUCCCAGAGGAGCAUGGCGGAUCCCCGAAAAGGGCCCGGUGCUUAUUGUCGCUGCCCCUCAUGCGAAUCAAUUCGUUGAUUCAGCCAUCUUGAUGCACCUGCUGAAGUCGCAAGCGAAGCGACGUGUCUCGUUCCUAAUUGCGCAAAAAUCCAUGAAUGAGCCGUAUAUCGGCACUCUGGCUUCAUGCAUGGGUGCUCUCCCUGUUGUCCGGUCUAUGGAUUUGACUAAGCCUGGUAAAGGCCGAGUUUAUUUACCCGAUCCUGAAAAUGAUCCGGCCCUGGUUAAUGGGAUCGAUACCGAUUUCACCCAGGAGGAGUUUAUGCCGGGCGGAUCGCUCACGGUUAGGGGCCCCCAGGGACCGCAGACUGCUUCCAUUGAGGAGAUUCUCGGGCCUACCUCGCUGAGACUCAAGAAGGCAUUUGACGCUCCCUUCACAGAGGACGGUCACAAGGGGGCGACUUUCAAGAUUGCUCCUCACGUCGACCAAAGUCGAAUGUUUUCGGCCGUCUACAAGGAACUUUCUAAUGGGGGCUGCAUUGGUAUCUUUCCUGAAGGAGGUAGUCAUGACCGUUCGAACUUAUUGCCGCUGAAAGCUGGUGCUGCCUUGAUGUCCCUUGGGGCUUUGGCUCAAGACCCAAACUGCGGACUGUCCAUUGUUCCAUGUGGUAUGAAUUAUUUCCAUGCGCAUAAGUUCCGAUCCCGUGGUGUGAUUGAGUUCGGGCGACCUAUUCAUGUGCACCCUGAUCAGGUUGAGGCUUUCAAGGCCGGAGGCACCAGCAAGCGGAAUGCGGUGGGCUCUCUUCUCGAAACCAUAUACGAAGGUCUAGAGGCUGUCACACAGAUUAGCCCGGACCAUGAAACUUUGAUCCUGGUUCAGUCUACCCGGAAGCUUUAUAAUCCUAUCAGCAAGAAGAUCCCUCUUCCCCUGGUGAUCGAGUUCAAUCGCCGCCUACUCAAGGGCUACACUCGGCAUCGGGAUGAUCCCAAGAUCAAAAGUCUCCGGAAAGCUGUCACUGAAUACAAUAGACGAUUGGAAUCACUUGGAAUCAAGGACCACCAGCUGGAAUGGGGCAAUCUCGAGGAGAAGCCGUGGUGGCUUACACUCAUCACCUUAUUCUAUCGCCUCUGCAAGCUUCUGGCUCUAAGUUUCGGCACAUUGCCAGGUGUUUUGCUUUUCUGGCCUGUGUUUGUUACAACAAAGGUGAUAUCAGAAAAGAAAAGACGACGUGCAUUGGCCGCUUCGGUAGUCAAAUUGCAAGGACACGAUGUCGUCAGCACCUGGAAAAUUCUCGUCGCUAUGGGACUAGCACCCACUCUUUACGCGUACUACACUAUCAUCGUGACUGCAUGGCUCCGCUACAAUCGUUAUGACGGUUAUUAUACCCACUCCGUUCCCUGGUGGAUGGCGGCAAACACUUAUGUCCCCAACGCUAUCCCUCUUUGGUUUUUCGCUAUGAGCUUCUAUGGCUUCAUGAUAUCUGUCAGUUUUGCAGCUCUUCGAUUCGGUGAAGUCGGUAUGGACAUCAUCAAAUCCCUCCCACCACUUCUCGUGGCACUCAAUCCACUCUCCUCGUCAUUUUUGGUUGAUUUGCAGGCUCAUCGAGAAAAACUUUCCGAGCGAGUCACGAAGACCAUCGACGACCUUGGAUUUGGUAUCAUGCCGGACAUUGAUGCUGAGAUCCCGUCUGAUUCAUACAACCUUGAUGCUUAUCAAUCUCGAUUGAAGAGCAUGCCACCAAGCGAACCAGAAAGUCGGGAGCGCAGUCGCAGCAGAUCGAGUGGACCUGCUAAUGCAUCUCGCAUGAAGCCAUUGAGCCAGCUCACCUCACAAGGAGGCCUGGAGGAAGCGGAUCGGAAGAUCCAGACACUUAAGCACGGCAGGGGAAGACGCUCGAACACCAUCACCGGGUACGAGACCGGUGAAUCAAUUUUGAAAUACAAGCCCAUCGUCGAGGAGGAUAAAAAGCGGAGAUAA